AUGCAUGGCCUGACUAUCGGUGACUUGGUCCGUCUGGGCUCAACAGAUCUGUGGGUGAAGAUUGAAAAGGACUAUAUAGCACACGGAGACGAGUGUACGUUUAGAGGUGGUAAGACUCUACGCCACAGAAUUGGACAAGCUGCUGGAUGUGCAGAUGACGAGUGUGCGGACCUAGUUUUGGUGAAUGCGUUCUGGAGUGGAAUCUUCAAAGCCGAUAUUGGAGUGAAAGAUGGGGUCAUUGUGGGGAUCGGAAAGACCGGCAAUCAUGAUGUGAUGGAUGAGGUGAAUCCUGCCCCGGUGAUUGGAUCCAAGGCGGAUAUUAUUGCUGCAGAGGGGAGAAUAAUCACUGCCGGUGGUAUCGACAUCCAUGUUAUGUUUGCGUGUGGUUUUUGUUUCCAAGGCUGGUAUGGAGAAGGGCUCCGUCAAAUCCUACGACCUGAAAAGCAGGUCGAAAUUGUGAAGAAUACUCGCACAGUCACUAAGCUUGACAUGAAAUUCAACAAUGCCACGCCAAAGAUGGAGGUUGAUGCCGAAGCCUUUACGAUUACGGCCGAUGGAGUAGAGUGUAAAGUAGAAGCGGCUACCCCGGUUCCGCUUGCGCACCAAUGUUUCAUAUACUAG